CCCCGAAAGAGGUGUAUAUAAGAAGACCGACUUCGGUAAAAGCACAGACAAGCGGCGUUACUCAGGGAGAAAGUGUUCGGUUAGAGAGCGAGAGUCCAGAUACACGCAAGACGUAGUCGCGAGAAAAUCAGUUUUACUUCGCGACGUCCAUAUCCUACGACGCCAUCAGUCAGGAUGAGGACGCAAUUCAUCUUGAUAACUUGCUUGGCGAUAGCAAGACAAGCACUUGGUACUCAAGUACACGAGACGCCGAGUGACUCUUCGCAGCAACAAUGGCAACCGUCUUGGAACCAGGACUCGAUACAGGCGUCGAGUGGAGUGCGAGAGAAAUAUCGUCCUGUUACGUUCGACAAUUCUGACACACACACACAGGAAUCCCAACAAUCGCCCGUGUACAACGCGAAUAUUCAAUCAGGCACCAGCGGAGUCGCAGACGUUCUUAAACAGCAAUCGAUUGAAUCUGUAAUCGACAACAUCCUCGUGUCUAAUCGACAGGGUCGCAAUCUCGACGGUUACGACGAGAUCUAUUCUGAUCCUGACAUAAAAACCGCUCUUCAGCUUGGCAACGAUACCAUCGCUCGCUCAUUCAUCAAAGACAAACUCUGUUCUCUCAAUUUGAUGACCUGCGACGAUGCGGAACAACGACGACCUUUUUAUUCUUCGCAUCGGGAUAUCCACCCGCAUGACGUCAUCUAUGCUCAGCCGGUGACCAUCAAGCCGGUAGGUCGUCCGCUUCCGGCUGUACCGGUAAAACGACCUUAUGGUCCAGCAAAACCCGUGCCGCUGCCUCCCAGCUUCGGAUCACCACUGGGACCCAACGUUUAUCCCGGACCCGGACCAAUAUUUGGUAAACCACCGCCCAGCUUCGUUUCCGGACCUUAUCCCAUUUACAAGAAACCUGGUCUCCCUUCCUCCUUUGUAAACAAACCCAUAUACGAGCCGGGCAUUGACAUCGAGCCUGAUUUCGAAGACAAGUUUAUCGACAAGAAGCAAGUGGUGCUGCAUCAAACGGGUUCCUCGGCCGUUCAGCAGCACGUUCAUCAUCACUACCAUCAUGGGGAUGACGGCGUCGCGAACAACCCCCCUGUCGUAAUUCCGUCAAAUUCACUCGGUGGCAACGGGCUCGGUAAUUACGGUUACGGUAAUGGCGGUACUUACGGCGCCACGUACAACGACUUUGAGGAAUACAAGAAGGCGUUCAAGAUCAAAACACCCACAUCCAACAGCGGCCCGAGUUUUACCUCCUCGUCUACAAAGGACUACGCCAAUCGUUAUCCCGCUUACGAAAGGCCGAAUGGCAAACAGUUCAGCUCCGCCGGACAAUUUGGACAGCUGAAUAAUCAAUAUUCUGACAACGAUUACAAUGCGGACAGCAGUUUGACGUCUAACAACGAUUGCGUGUGCGUGCCUUAUGACCAGUGCGCCACGAUCAACCACGUCGGUCGCAAGGACGAUCUCUACCUGGCGAUCGAUCCGCGCAAUCUCGACAAGGGCAUCGAAGCCGAGACCGUGGUGGUUACUGACGGCAACGGCACUAUGAGCGUUGUAAGGGUGCCCAAGGGAGUAAACGCGACCGAGCAGAACGAAGAGGCGAAAAACGACGAGGAGACGAGACAAGCUUCGGAAGUUACGAAGCGGAACCGCAGGGACGUCAAACACAUUACCGGGAAGAGCGACAAGCCGGAGAUACAAGAAAGACUGACGGUAGGAAGCGAUGUGGACACCUCGAAACUGAACGUGAAGCCGACUUGGGGCGUCAGUUUCGGCCUACCGCAGACCGGUGGUAUCGGCCCGAUCGCGCCCCAUCCUGGUAAUCCCCUAGGAGUCCCGGGGUACACGCCGGGCUACGGGCUAGUCGGCGGACAGGGCAUAAAUCUAGGUCCGGUUUCUGUGAAUCCGCUCGUAGCGGUGCAGGUUACCAAAGACGAGUACGGUGAGAAGGUUGUUAAGCCUUUCGUAAAUCUUCACGUAACGCCAAAUCCAGCGCUUGUUCACAAGCUAGGUCAUCUGCUGGCCUACAAGAAGCAGAAUCUGUUUGGGGGGCAUUACGGGGGAGGGUACGGCGGAUACGGCGUUUACGCGCCUCAUUAUCACACGCACAACACGUAUCACGAGAAACCGAUCGUCUAUCCGUCGAGACCGUCGUUUUAUCCGUCGCACGGUGUUCAUAAUCAGUAUCCGAUCUAUCAUAAGCCUCAUUAUCACAACGCUUACUAUCCAUCCCACUUCAAAGAUGAUGAUGACGAUGAUUAUGAUUACUCGGAUGAUUACACGGAUGAUUACUAUAGGAACGCAAAAACGGCGAAGACAACAAAAAGCGGUGAGAUCGCGACGAAGAAUACCGCACGUGAAUCGGCUGUCGGCGGCGAACGACAGACAGGCGGAAAAAUUACUUUCUCGGAUCGAAGAAAGCGCGACGCGACGACAUUUAACGAGACGAUAUCGGAGAGACGCUACGGACGUCCGCCAGCUUGUGGUGCGCGUCACGUCUGCUGCCAGAGAUCGCAUAUAAUAGGAGCGCAGCCGAGACCAAGUCAAUGCGGAGUCAGGAACACGCAGGGCAUCAAUGGCCGCAUCAAGACACCCGUCUACGUCGACGGAGAUUCCGAAUUCGGUGAAUAUCCGUGGCAAGUGGCUAUUCUGAAAAAAGAUCCCACAGAGAGCGUUUACGUUUGCGGCGGUACUUUGAUCUCACCACGUCACAUUCUCACUGCCGCUCACUGCGUGAAGGCUCACGCGGGCCGCGAUUUACGUGCGCGACUUGGCGAAUGGGACGUGAAUCAUGACGUCGAGUUCUAUCCUUACAUCGAGCGUGACAUCGUCAGCGUGUACGUGCAUCCCGAAUUCUAUGCCGGCACUCUCGCUAACGACAUCGCGAUUCUCAAGCUGGAUCACGACGUGGAUUUCGUGAAGAAUCCGCACAUCAGUCCUGCCUGUCUGCCGGACAAACUUGACGAUUUCACUGGAACGAGAUGCUGGGCCACCGGCUGGGGCAAAGACGCUUUCGGCGACUACGGCAAGUAUCAAAACAUACUGAAGGAAGUGGACGUACCUGUUGUCGACAACCACGUGUGUGAGCAGCAGAUGAGGAGAACGCGACUGGGUCCCAGCUUCAACUUGCAUCCGGGCUUCAUCUGCGCCGGUGGCGAGGAAGGAAAGGACGCCUGCAAGGGCGACGGCGGUGGUCCGAUGGUGUGCGAGCGGCACGGCCAUUGGCAAUUAGCGGGAGUGGUCUCGUGGGGUAUCGGCUGCGGACAAGCAGGUGUGCCUGGAGUCUACGCUCGAGUCUCGUAUUACCUUGACUGGAUUCGUCAGAUUGUGAACUAUUGAAAAGAAAAAACAACACGAUCCAAUCAUUGAUCAAACAUAUUAUAUAUUUUCUUUCGCACGUGAGAAUUUUAAAUUUCAUUAAAAUUAAACGAUCCUUUUGUCAAUCGAUGUGGUAAAUAUUUUUUUUGAUCGAUGAUGUUGCCAUGAUGACACAUCGUAGAUUAUUUAUACGCAUAUUUAUACUACAUAAAAUAUAUAUAAAUGUUAAUUUUAUAGACUACUUUUUAAGGCAACCAUUUUUUUAAAGAUAUAUUUAUAUUUUACUAAUACUCGAAUAAGUCGCCUUUGUUCGUUUUGUAAACAGUUCAUUAUAUUUAAAUAACUAAUUUAUUGUAUAUAGUGCGUAUAUAGGUUCUCUCUAAGGUUGUGCGCCAGGUUAUACUUUUGUGCAUGAUUCGAGCGUUUUCGGAUCGCCAAGUAAUGCAUAUUUUCUUUGCAACAGUUUUUAUAUAUGUAUAUUUAUCAAAAUUAAUAAACAACUCACAUGCAAACUC